AUGAUAUCUUUCGGGAACUUGCUAAUUCCGUGGGUGGUUGGGCUGUUUUCUAGCAGAAUUGAGCCCCAGUUAGUGUACAAUCCGUCCCCUACAGUUAUUCCAGACUAUAUUGCAAAGUAUGCGCCCGUAGUGCAGCUGUAUUCGGAGGAAGUGUACCUGCCGGGGGAUAUCGAGGAGUUUGUAGGCCACUUUCGGCUCGCCACUGAGCAAGCAAAUGUGACAGACCGACUCACUCUGGGCACACUCAAUUCACUAGCCAAAGAUACUCGGGCUGUUUACGGGGAGAAUACCAAACUGUACAUGUCUGCACAGGAUAACUGGGAGCAUGAUCCUAAAUGGGUGACGGCGGCUGAUAACGUCCCGCGCCCAAGCAGUGGCAAGCUGGCCAACGCACCGGCCGUGUUAAUUACUGUCGACAAGGGCGACUUCAUAGAUGCGUUUUGGUUCUAUUUUUACCCUUUCAAUCUAGGACCGUUUGUUAUGGGCGCCGGGCCGUAUGGAAACCAUCUAGGCGAUUGGGAGCACAGCUUGGUGAGGUUUUCCAAAGAAACCAAGAAACCGGAGAUUGUGUGGAUGUCGGCUCACGGUGGUGGAACUGCGUACUGGUUUGAGACUCUGGAAAAGUUGGAUGUAGAUCCCAACCGGCCAGUGAUCUUGGCGGCUAGAGGAACUCAUGCCCAUUAUGUUACAGGAGGCCAACACUCACAUGAUAUUCCGUGGAGCGUUUUAUGUGAUUUUACGGACCGGGGGGAUAUUUGGGACCCCGCCGCCAACUAUAUGGCCUAUACUUUUGAUGGCACAGAAGUUCGGCCCGCCAACGGCACAGCCCCAGGACGUGAAAGUACCCACAAGGACUGGCUUUUGUUCGACGGGUACUGGGGCGAUAAGAAGCUGGAUCCAGACGAUCCUCGGCAGGCGUGGUCAAUUUGGGAAUACAGAAUGAUAGACGGCCCGCAGGGUCCUCUGUUCAAAAACCUGAUGCGCACAAACCCCUGCCAGCGGUCAAAGUGGUGGAACGUGUUCCACUCUUGUCGGGUUCGAAACCGAGUGACCCCGGGAGAGGGGCUGGAACAAGAGUCGCCGUCCUGCCCAAUGAUUCUGGAGCGCAUUCCCAAACCGUUUGACUACAUUUUUUCCUGGGUUUUAUGGAGAGGUUGGUUCUGUUUCUGGCUAGAUAGGCUAUUGGCUUGA